UCGCUCGCUGCGCUCUCUCUCUCUCGGCGUCCGCUCCUACAGCCACCUAGCUCCAUGCCGCCGCUCAGCUCCGACGCGCCGUCGAGGACUUACGGCCCCAAGAUGGGCCCCCCGAAGAGAACUGGGGAGGCCACCCAGCUGAGAAAGAGCCUCAAGCCGCUGAUGGAGAAGCGCCGCCGAGCGCGCAUCAACGACAGCCUUAACCAGCUCAAGACCCUCAUCCUGCCUCUCAUCGGGAAAGACAGCUCUCGCUAUUCCAAACUGGAGAAGGCCGAUAUCUUAGAGAUGACUGUCCAGUUCCUCAGGGAGCUUCCAACCCCUUGCACUUCCAUCUCUGGCUCUGCAGACAGUUUCUGUGAUGGCUACCACACCUGCCUGUCCCGCCUUGCCACCCUCCUUCCUAAAUACAACCUCCUGAACCGUGAGGCCUGCAGCAACCUCCUUGGGCAUCUCCAGCAGGCUUGUGUGCAGCAGGGCUGGCUUCGGGACUGUUCCAGCCCAGCAGACUUGUCCAAAGCGCCAGGCUUGGAGAGUCCCCCGUGCCCACCUAGAAGGGCCCAGGAAGCCCCUUCGCCACAAACAGCACUCUGGAGACCUUGGUAGAGCCACAAAACUUCUCGACUUAAAACGGAGAGCCCUGCGUGCUCCUGUUUCCUCUGUACGGCAGCAGUUCCCAGAAGCGGAGUGGCUGGAGCAGAGCCCUGCGCUGUGAAAGGAUUGCCGAUGUGCUAAGGAGAGAGAUCCGCCCGCAGAAAAGGCUGCUUGCUGUGUCUCAGAAUGAUGUGCUGCUCUAGCUUUCCAGCCAGCCUCAGCUGGGUAUAAAUAACACUUGCCUGGUAAUUUGGGUGAGAUUGGAUCGUCCCAAGUCGCUCCUGACCCAGUUGAAUGAUCUGCUCUCAGAUGAAGCUGCCUGCUGUGCCUCUGCAUGGCUGCUCCCUGUGUUCUGUUUAGGGAAGGAUCACUCGGUGAUAGAGCAUGUGCUCUGCAUGCAGAAGGUUCUAGCUGCUGCCAGUCUUUAUAGAUGAUCCUGAGCUAGGUCCAACUGUGGUUGGAUCACACUGGUUGGAACACUUGGCAUAUGUUCCUAUUAGACAAUAUGGGACCACCUCCUUCCAGUCGGGAGGAGCACCCAUGACAUGGACUCAUGCAGAGACACGUCAGAGGGACUCCUGAGGGCAGAUGAUUUCUUACUCUGAACAAACUCUGAAUGUGUGUGCAUGCAACAGAGCAAUGGUCUUCCUUUUCGUUCAGAGUCAGGUAUCAGUUGCCUGAUAACUAUAGUUCUCUUUCUGAGGACCAUCAAGGGUCUGAGGAUACUUCCU